AUGGGAAACACCAUCGACGAGUAUUACCCAGGUGGCCAGACCGUCAAGGAGGCCCUCGUCAUCGACAUUCCCAGGGCAUCGACGACGCCCAGGCCAUCUCCGCGGGCGCCACUGCCCCAUCCCGGCUCUGCGUCAGCCGGCUACUACGCCGACGAUGGGCGUCCCUCCGAGACGGGCGAGGGCUAUUUCCAGCUCGUCCCCGGAAACGCGCCCUCGCCUCGCCUCGCCAUGGCAGUGCCCGCGGCCAACGGGUCCAUCCCCCAUUCCAUGACAGUCAUCAACUCUGGCCAUCUCCCCGCCAUUCCCUCUCCCGGGAGCGCCAGGCCCCGCGCGCACAGGGACCGCGACCAGCGUCACGACCGCCAGGAUUAUGCGCGAACCGGAAGGACCCAUACACCUUCGCCAAACUACCUCAAUGGCGCAGUCGUCGGUGGCACCGGCACCGUCCUGCCCAACUCGGCACCCGCAGCUGCUGCUUCCAACGUCCAUGGCGCGCAGCAUUAUCGCUCGCGGCACUCGCAUUCGCGAACCCACUCGAGCUCGUCAGAGCACAUUGUGUCGCACCCCAACUCGAUGCCAAAGUCUCCGGGACAUGAAAUGACGUCGGCUCGCAUGGGCACUCCCCCGCCCCAGCGGCUGGCGUCUCCUCGUCUGCCCAGCUCACGACCAAAGAAGAGCAAGAGGGGCCAGCAGCAGGAAUACCACCACAACCCAUCGCCGUCCGUCCUAACUGCCACGGUGCCCCCCAUUAGCGUCCUCAUUGUCGAAGAUAACCCGAUCAACCUGAAGCUGCUCGAGGCCUUUGUCAAGCGGCUCAAGGUCCGGUGGCAGACGGCCAUGAACGGCAGCGAGGCCGUCAAGAAGUGGAGAAGCGGCGGCUUCCACCUGGUCCUCAUGGAUAUCCAGCUGCCUGGUAUGAACGGCCUGGAGGCCACGAGGGAGAUUCGCCGUCUGGAAAGGCUCAACAACAUUGGCGUCUUUUCUGCGGCGCCGGGCAGCAUCCCGGAGACCGCGCCCGCCGAAGAAGAGCUUACCGAGCAAGAUCGCCUGGAGAACAUUGCUAAGUUCAAGAGUCCCGUUAUCAUCGUUGCUCUCACGGCCAGCUCGCUGCAGAGCGAUCGCCACGAAGCUCUGGCCUCGGGUUGCAACGAUUUCUUGACCAAGCCUGUCAACUUUGUCUGGCUUGAGCGCAAGGUGAUGGAAUGGGGGUGUAUGCAGGCACUCAUCGACUUUGACGGUUGGCGCAAGUGGAAGGACUACUCAGCCAAGGCCGAAGCGAUACAAGCUGCCACUAAGAGGGCGCAACAGCAGGCUUAUAAAAACAAGGUUAAAAAGAACCGCGCGAUCCUGUCGCCAUCGUAA